CGCGUUGAACUACGGGUUCACGUGCAUUGUUUAGACCGUGUCCGCUUCGAUAAAAAUAAAGAAAUAAAGAAAUACUUUUACGGAAUGAGAUGAAUUUCAAGUGGACUAUAUGUUUGUUUUGAACGGGACAUUUCUUUAAGACCGCAGCAGGAGUGGCUUUUUAAGAAUGAUUUGUUGUUAGAUGGCAAGAGCGUGUUGUCAUGCAAGAAUAAAAUAACUGCGCGCUCCGUCCACGCGCGUCAGCUGCAUUUCUAGUAUUGGAUUUGACGUGUUCCCAUAACAAAGAAGUGCAGUACAUGACAGCAAUGAGAGGAGACAGCGAUCAUGCCAUUAAUAGAGGCAAAUGGACAACAGCGACUUGGGCUGUCCAACUUUUCUGCAUUUCUCUCCUGACUUCAUUCGGGAAAGGGGAAGACGGGUCUUGCCAUGGAGCCUUUGAUUUAUAUUUUGUAUUGGAUCGGUCAGGGAGUGUGUCUGACAACUGGCUGGAGAUAUAUGGAUUUGUGGAACAGUUGACAAAUCGGUUUGUAAGCCCGAAGAUGAGGGUUUCUUUCAUAGUCUUUUCCUCAAAUGCAGAAGUAAUCUUGCCCCUCACUGGAGACAGGGCAACUAUAGAUAAUGGUCUACAAAGGUUGAGCAAGAUCAAACCUGCUGGUGAGACCUACAUGCAUGAGGGGUUAAUAAAGGCAUUAGAUCAAAUGACUGCCCAGGGCACUAGAUCAUCUAGUAUCAUUAUUGCACUGACGGAUGGGAAGCUGGAGGUCUAUCCUCAUGAACUUGCAGUGAAUGAGGCUGAUCAGGCAAGACAGUAUGGUGCCCGGGUAUAUUGUGUAGGUGUGAAGGACUUUGACGCAACCCAGCUUAUAGAUAUUGCUGACAGCAAAGAUCACGUGUUUCCUGUUGUGGAUGGAUUUCAGGCACUCAAAACCAUUGUAAAUUCGAUUUUAAAGAAAUCAUGUAUAGAGAUUUUUAACCUGGAGCCGUCCAGCAUUUGUGUGAAUGAAUCUUCCAACAUUGUCCUGAGAGGACGAGGAUUCACGCAGGGAAGAACCUCUGAGGGUGUCGUCUGCACUUUGUCUGUCAAUCAACAGGAGCCCUAUAAUGAGAGGCCGAGUGUAGUGAAGGAUAAUUACGUGCUGUGUGCAGCUCCUGUGUUGACCGAGGUCGGACACUCAAUUGAUGUGCUCAUUAGUCUAAAUAAUGGCCAGUCUUUCAUUUCAAGUCCAGUCACAAUAAAUGCCACCACUUGUUCUGAUGGGCUGGUAGUGGCCAUUGUCAUCCUGGUACUGCUGGUGCUGUUGGGUCUAAUUGUGCUCUGGUGGUUCUGGCCUCUCUGCUGCACUGUGGUAAUCAGGGAUCCACCCCCAUCACGCCCACCGCCACCACGACCAAUAUCUGAACCUGAGAUCGACCCUCUGUCAAAGAAGAAAUGGCCCACAGUGGAUGCAUCUUAUUAUGGUGGCAGAGGGCCUGGUGGUAUUACACGCAUGGAGGUUCGCUGGGGUGAAAAGGGCUCUACAGAGGAAGGGGCGCGAUUGGAGAAAGCCAAAAAUGCUGUAGUCAAAAUGCCAGAGGAGGAGUUUGAAGAGCCUGUAAUAAGACCCCCACCCAGACCACCACCAAUAUAUCAGACCCCGGUCCCAGACAAAUGGUACACUCCCAUUAAAGGACGCUUUGACGCUGUAUUGGCAUUGAUGCGUAGACAAUACGACAGAGUUGCUAUCAUGAGACCUACAGCAAAUGACAAGGGGCGCUGCAUCAAAUUCACUCGGGCUCAAAGUCAUUGACUGACCAAACACGAUGUGUUCUUUACUUUAACAGUUAUGUUCAUACAAGAAGGAUCCUGUAGAAUUAUUUCUGCAUGCCUUUGAGUAUUUAAUUCAGUGAUUUUAUAACAAUGUGUUUUACAUUUUGUAUAGGCAUGAGAAACAAAUGGAAAGUGGGCCUUAUGAAAAGGUGUGACGUAAAGAAAAUUUCACUCAUUAUUUUCAUCAAUAUUUCAGUUAAUUAGAAGAGAUGUUAAAUAUUUUUGCAGUUAAUUAGUAGAGAGUUUAAUGAUUUGUUCUAUUUUUGUUCUUUGUAUUUAUGAUAAUUUUUAAUUCAUAGGCUACAGUACAUGUAGUAUGUGAAAAUUAUUUGCUCAUGUCAUACAGGACAUUAAACAGCUGAAAUACAUUAAAAAUUAAAUUAUAUUACAUCUUACCUUGAGAAUAUGGUUUGUGAUGUCAUAAAUGAUUGUCAAACAAAUCAGUCCAAAUGUUAUUAAAAAUAAACAGUAA